AUUCACUAUCAGAGUAGAAGAUUUGAUGUUGGCUCUGGAAACAAUUAGAAAAACAAAAGUUUUAAGCAGAUGAUAAAUUGAAUGACUCUCCAAUGUUAGUUCUUUGAGGGGCACAAUCAUUUUAAAAUCUCUGAAAGAUCUAUCAUUUUAUAGCCAUGUCUAAAUUAUCUUAAGAAAUUUUUUAAACCAAGGGAAGAGAAAGUAAAUCACGAUUCUGUCUUUUUCAAAAACAACCUGAAUAUGGUAGUGAGGCUCGAUUUUAUUAUUGGUAGUUUGUGGCAGAAUCUCUUUUUGUAGUACCUGUUGUCUACCAUAAUUAUAAAGAAUGUUUUCAGGUUCUAGCCAAGUACACCAUUAGAAUGAAAAAAUGGUUACGGUGUGUUACUUCAACAGCAGGAAGCUGAGUCUGAAAGACCAAAUGAACUUUAAUCACUGAUGAUUAUUUAAAAUAAAAUGUUUAAUUGUUUAAGAUCCGAUGGUGUCACUAUGACUAAGCAUCCAUGUUCCUGAUGAUCUAUGAGGAAGUAGCUACAAUCUAAUAAAUGUUGAAACCAGGCUUUUCAGAUGUGUUAGCUCAUCCUGUUCCUACUUCUUGCUGUUUAUUUUGAGGGGAAUUUUAGGUUGUUUUGUCCUCCCUAGUAAAAUGAUUGCAGAAAGAAAAAUUACUCAUUUGAGAAAGAUUUGGAAUAUACCCUACUUCCAUUGAAUCUAAGAUGUCAUCAGUUGUAAGUCACAUCUUGAUUCUGUGUACCUCUAAGAAAUAAAAUGCUGCUAGUUAAAAUAUGAUAUGCCACUAAUUAUAUUCAGAUACUUCUUGAUAACAGGAGUAUUAAAACAAGCAUCUCAGAAUCAGUGGAAUAUGGUAAUCUCUUGAGCUAGGUCUUAUGCUUUUGUUCCCCCGUGGCUACAAAUUUCAGUUUUCAAAAAAGGAAAAUAAACUUAAUUUGAAUAUUUUGGCUAUGGAAACAUAGCUUUCCACCAUGAAAAGAAGGGCAACCCCUUCGGGUCCCCUCCCAUUGUGAGAGCUUUUCUGUCCUCUCAAUAAAUCUGCUUUCUAAAACAAAAGCUAGCUUCAUGAGCCAGGCGUUUUGUCUUCAGGUUGGUUGAAUGCCACCAAGCAGUCUAGUGGCCCGGAGACGCUGACCUCCCUGUGCGAUGCCUGGCACUCAGGGGUAUCCUGGUGGCCUAAAAAAUUUUUCUCUUCUGUGAAGGGCUUUAAUCUUCAUCACAGGCUACUGUGUAGCAUCACGUUUACGUUGUAUAUCUAGAGAGUGCACAAAGGUGCGGUUGUGUACAUUUGUCCCUUAAUAUGUAUUGGUAUAGGAUUUGGAAUCUUCAUGUUGAAACCCUAAAUGCGCAGUAGAAAAAAAAAAUGAACGAUUUCUAAUUUUAGGUGUUCAGCCUAGCACCAAAACCAAAAAAAAAAGCAAAAGCCAUGCACAAAACUACCUCCCGGAGAAAGGCUGGUCCCUUGUCUUGCCCGUCCGUUUGACCAUGAACAUAGAGAAUAGCCCGUUCUUAUCAAACCUGAUGAAGAGCGCCAACAUGUUUGAACUGAAAUACGACCUUUCGUGCGAACUGUACCGGAUGUCCACGUAUUCCACGUUUCCUGCCGGAGUUCCCAUCUCCGAAAGGGGUCUGGCUCGUGCUGGUUUCUAUUACACGGGUGUGAACGACAAGGUCAAGUGCUUCUGUUGUGGCCUGAUGCUGGACAACUGGAAACACGGAGACAAUCCCGUCGAAAAGCAUAAAAAGCUGUAUCCUAGCUGUAGCUUUGUUCAGACUCUGAAGUCAGUUAACACCCUGGACGCUCCUACCUCUCAGCCCGUGUCUCCUUCUUCGGUAACAAGUUCCACACCUUUGUUCCCUCCAAGUUCGGAGAACAGCGGCUAUUUCAGCGGCUCUUACGUCAGCUUCCCAUCACAUCCUGUCAACUCCCGAGCGAAUCAGGACUCUGCCUUGAGGACAAGUCCCUACCACGGUGCAAUGAAUACCGAAAAGGCCAGACUGCGUACUUAUCAGAUGUGGCCGCUGACCUUUCUGUCACCAACAGAUCUGGCCAAGGCAGGCUUCUACUACAUCGGACCCGGAGACCGAGUAGCCUGCUUUGCCUGCGGCGGGAAGCUGAGCAACUGGGAGCCGAAGGACGACGCGAUGUCCGAGCACCUGAGACACUUUCCCCGCUGCCCGUUUCUGGAAAACCAGCACCAACACCCUGCGAGGUACACGGUUUCGAAUCUGAGCAUGCAGACACACGCAGCCCGCUUCAGGACGUUCUUCAACUGGCCCUCCAGCAUCCUGGUACACCCCGAGCAACUUGCAAGUGCCGGGUUUUAUUACAUGGGUCACAGUGAUGAUGUCAAGUGCUUCUGCUGUGACGGCGGACUCAGGUGCUGGGAAUCCGGGGACGACCCGUGGGUGGAGCACGCCAAGUGGUUUCCAAGGUGUGAAUAUUUGAUAAGAAUUAAAGGACAAGAGUUCAUCAGUCGCGUUCAAGCCAGUUACCCUCAUCUACUGGAACAGCUGUUAUCUACAUCAGAGACUCCAGAAGACGAAAACCCAGAAUCACCAAUUAUUCAUUUUGAACCUGGAGAAAAUCCUUCAGAAGAUGCAGUGAUGAUGAACAUACCUGUGGUGAAAUCUGCCUUGGAAAUGGGCUUUAGUCGAAACCUGGUAAAACAGACAGUUCAGAGUAAAAUCCUAACAACGGGAGAGAAUUACAAAACCGUCAGUGAUCUGGUAGUGGAUUUACUUAAUGCGGAAGAUGAAAUAAGAGAAGAGGAGAAAGAAAGAGCCACUGAGGAAAAAGAAUCGGAUGAUCUAUUAUUAAUCCGGAAGAAUAGAAUGGCACUUUUUCAACAUUUGACUUGUGUGAUUCCAAUCUUGGAGAGUCUACUAACUGCCAGGGUAAUUAAUGAACAAGAACAUGAUGUUAUUAAACAAAAAACACAGACAUCUUUACAAGCAAGAGAACUGAUUGAUACGAUUUUAGUAAAAGGAAAUACCGCAGCCGCCAUAUUCAAAACCUCUCUACAAGAAACUGACCCUAUGCUCUACAAGCAUUUAUUUGUGCAACAGGACAUAAAGUAUAUUCCCACAGAAGAUGUUUCAGAUCUACCAAUGGAAGAACAGUUGCGCAGACUACAAGAAGAACGAACUUGCAAAGUGUGUAUGGACCAGGAAGUGUCCAUAGUGUUUAUUCCUUGUGGUCAUCUAGUAGUAUGCAAAGACUGUGCCUCUUCUCUGAGAAAAUGUCCUAUUUGUAGAGGAACAAUCAAAGGGACAGUCCGUACGUUUCUUUCAUGAAGAAGACCCAAAACUUUGUCUGAACUUCAGAUUAGCUUAUCAAAUGUGUUAUAACUUUAACUUUUAUACUGAUUUGGUUUCCUUAAAAAUGUUAUUUAUUUACCACUUGAAAAUAUUGUUUUAUAUAAAUAUAUAUAUCUAAAACAUAUGAACAUAUAUAUUUUAGAUACCAAGAGAGUAAUAGGCUUUUGUGAACAAAAAACAGGAAUAACACUACAAACACAAUAGCCAAUCAAAAUUUCAGCAGAAUUGGAAUUGUAAGUGAAGUAAAACUUAAGAUAUCUGAAUUUACCUUUAGGAAUUUUAGAUAUUUGGGAGUUGUAUUAAGAACAAGGAACACAAUUCUCUGCCUUUUUGGAUCAGUGUCCUAUACAUGGAAGGUCUCAAUGUUUGUUGAAUGACUUUAUAGGGACAUGGUGUUUUUGUAAAGAAGUCUGUGAGCAACAAUUUAAUAAAGCAACAGAAAUUACUCUU